AUACGGGUUUAGAAUGACCGCGGAAAUUAAACUCCUCAGAGUCCAGGGAGCAAAAAAUCUUUACUAGGAGAAUACUGGGGAAAAUUGCAGUGUUAAUCCAUUCUUCCUCGAGGAAAUUGUUUUGUGUUCGUAUUGUUUUGUGAUUUCGUCUAAUAUUUCUCAGAGAAGUUAGAAGUAGAAGAUUUGAAUUUCAUUGUGGUUGGUGAGGAUUGUGCACAGAAGCUGUUUGAUAGAAUGUCUAAACCGUUAUUAUACAGAAGGUCUUCGAUCUUUUCCGUUAUUUUGAGAAUUCAUAAGCUUAGAGAAACUGAAAGUUUCGUGUUGUUUCCUGGAGAAUCAUCUAGUAGAUUGCAAUGGACGUUUGUUCAGGUGAGACACAAGUCUGGUGGAGGAGGAUGGAGACCUAAGCAGAAAGUAUAUCAUAGAGUUCAUGACCUUGAUAAAGCAAUUGACUUGAACAAGAAACCAUCUCUGAUACUUCAGUUGAAAUCUAUUAUCCAGGCGCAGAAACAUGGAAGCCUUCUUCUUAGAGAUCUUGAGAAGCAUGUUGGGUUUGUUCACAAGUGGAACUUAAUGGCUGCCAUUGAGAAGUACCCUACGAUAUUUUAUGUUGGAGGUGGACACAAAGAACCUCCUUUCGUUAUGCUGACUGAGAAAGCUAAAAAGAUUGCAGCUGAGGAAAGUGAAGCUACAGAGUCAAUGGAACCUAUUCUGGUUAAUAAUCUUAGGAAGUUAUUGAUGAUGUCUGUUGAUUGUCGAGUUCCUUUGGAGAAGGUUGAGUUUAUUCAAUCUGCAAUGGGUUUGCCUCAAGAUUUUAAGAGUACAUUGAUCCCUAAGUACACUGAAUUUUUCUCUUUGAAGGUUAUCAAUGGAAAAGUUAAUCUUGUUUUAGAGAAUUGGGAUUCUUCACUGGCAAUCACUGCACGAGAGGAUAGGUUAUCCCGUGAAGGAUUCUCCGAGUCAGUUGGGGACAGAAAGAGGGUCAGGAUCACAAAGGAUGGCAAUUUCUUGGGACGAAAUGCGUUUAAGAUUUCUUUUCCUCCUGGUUUUAGGCCUAACGCUAGUUAUUUAGAGGAAUUUGAGAAGUGGCAGAAAAUGGAAUUCCCAUCUCCUUAUCUUAAUGCGAGAAGAUUUGAUGCUGCAGAUCCUAAAGCUAGGAAACGAGUUGUAGCUGUGCUUCAUGAACUGCUCAGUUUAACAAUGGAGAAAAGAGUGACAUGCGCUCAAUUGGAUGCAUUCCACUCUGAGUAUCUGCUUCCAUCAAGACUAAUACUUUGCUUGAUAAAGCAUCAAGGGAUCUUCUACAUUACUAACAAAGGAGCAAGGGGUACGGUAUUUCUCAAAGAUGCUUAUGCUGGUUCUAAUUUGAUUGAGAAAUGCCCAUUGCUAUUGUUCCAUGAUAGAUUUGUUGCACUCUGUGGUCGGAAAGAAGUCAAUUUAUCUAAUGAAAUGCAGUCUUCAAGUGUUUUCUCCUAAUCUUACAUCAAACCAGAGAUGUGUACCCCCAAGGCAUAUUACCCAUUGAUUAUGUUCCAGCAAAUAAGAUUCAGUUUAUAGGACUCUGAACCUUAUAAACAUUUAACUGUAUCAUUUCUUCUUACCGUCAGUGUCUUCUCGUGUGAAGAAAUGAAACGUACUUGUUAAGAUAUUAAAGUUUUCACCAACAAACAGAAGCGUAAAUACUAUCUGGUGAUUGAGGAUGCUGAAAGCCAGAACGUGUCAUAGCGUCUGGAAUGGUACCCAAGGGAGAUGUGACUGGCUUAUUGACUAGGGAAAGGGGGUCCAGAACUCAUGUGGCUUGUGAAGGCAUCAUGGGAAAAGAGCCAAAGGGAAAAACAAUUAAGUCACACUCCACAAUCCCCCAUUUUAGACCUGAGUCGCAUUCAUGCUCAAAAACAAAAGUGAUUUUCAGAAGACUUCACACCAAGUCCACUCACUGUAAAAGAGGGAGGAAAAAAAGAGAGAAAUAGCAUUUUGCUUUGGCAUUUGUAAAUGGUAGGUCACUGAUAUUCCCACGUAAAAGGAAAAACAAAAUGCUCUUUGUGCUUUUUUUUUAGUAUUUAUCCCUUUGUGAUUGUCUUUGCCAAAUUAUGUCUCAUCGUUUAUCACUUCUUAACCCUUCUAGUUCUAAUAUCCCUUUGUAAGAUUUACCUUCGAAACGACAUUUCAAAUUAAGUUUAUCUAUAAAUCGUUGUCAAC